AACGCCAUGGCCAACAAGGAGACAUAAAGUCGCAUACAAAGUUACAAGACUCCUCCAUGCCUAACCUUUCUUUCUUUCUUUCUUAUAUUUUUUAACGGUCCAAAACUCAACUGUACAAAAAUGGACCCAACACGCCUAAAAGCAAAAGAAAAUUCAAACCCAAUUCCACCUUAUAAAUUCACACCGUCUCUCUCAUUCACAAGUCACAACCAGCUUCGUCACCACUUCUCUCUCUCUUCCCCUCUCUCUGUGUCACAGAGAAACUAAGAGAGAAUGAAGAACCGAAGCUCCAGAAAGAUAUCCGCAACAUGGAUUCCCAUUUUUUGCAUCCCAGCUUUCCUCCUCGGCAUGCUCAUCACAAGCAGAAUGUGGGUAGCACCUGAAUCCAAUGGUCAGCUCAUUUCCACUCGUCGCCAGGAGCAAGAGCUUCAAAUCGUCUCAGAAGAUUGCGCAACUAAGAAGAAGCCUGGACAAGAAAAGGAUGUAAUGGACGAAAUUUACAAAACCCAUGCAUCAAUUCAAUCUCUAGACAAGCAGAUGGCAUCAAUUCAGAUGGAGUUGGCAGCAGCUCGGAGUUCCCAGGAGAUGGGCACCUCGAGUGGCGCCGGCGGCAACUCGCAGUUGUCUAAGGACAGUCCAACGAGAAAGAAAGCAUUCAUUGUUAUUGGAAUUAACACAGCUUUUAGUAGUAGGAAAAGGCGAGAUUCAGUUAGAGAGACUUGGAUGCCUCAAGGGGAAAAGCUACUACAAUUGGAGCGCGAGAAGGGGAUUGUAAUCCGUUUUAUGAUUGGCCACAGUGCAACAUCCAACAGCAUUUUAGAUCGAGCCAUUGAUUCGGAAGAUGCUCAACAUAAUGAUUUCCUCAGGCUGGAACAUGUUGAAGGUUAUCAUGAAUUGUCUGCCAAAACGAAAAUUUUCUUCACCACUGCACUUGCAAAUUGGGAUGCUGAUUUUUAUGUCAAGGUGGAUGAUGAUGUACAUGUCAAUUUAGGUAUGCUAGCUACAACUCUUGCCCGUCACCGUUCAAAACCUAGAGUCUACAUCGGGUGUAUGAAAUCUGGACCUGUUCUUGCUCAAAAGAAUGUUAAGUACCAUGAACCAGAGUACUGGAAAUUUGGAGAGGAGGGAAACAAAUACUUCCGACACGCAACUGGACAGAUUUAUGCACUCUCAAGGGAUCUAGCUACAUACAUCUCCAUCAACCAGCCAAUAUUGCAUAAGUAUGCCAAUGAAGAUGUGUCGCUUGGUUCAUGGUUUAUUGGUUUGGAAGUCGAGCACAUUGAUGACCGCAAUAUGUGCUGUGGGACUCCACCAGAUUGUGAGUGGAAGGCACAAGCAGGUAAUGUGUGCAUUGCAUCAUUUGAUUGGAGCUGCAGUGGCAUCUGCAAGUCAGUGGAGAAGAUUAAACAUGUUCAUGAAAAGUGUGGUGAAGGGGAUGCAGCUGUUUGGAGUUCAUUAUUCUAAAUCAGUUCACGUUGUAGGGGCCUUUCUUGCCAAAAAAAAGUGUGUAAAAAUUGUUUAAUUUCACUUCAAGUCCAGUUUUGAGAGUGUAGAUGGAAAUAGCAUUGCAGAUGGAUAUGAUACACAUUUCUAAGACAUUGCUUCUUGAACUUUUGGGGAAGACGUGAGAGCUGGUGAUCUGGUGCUUAAGUUAUGCGGAAGCUGUUCAGUCGAAGUGUUGGCGAUUGCAUGGAUGUGAAUCUGAAAAUACUGUUUGUGUUCAAAGAUAUCUUCCGAUUGUAUUUGCGUGUAGGAGGGUGUUUAUACGAAAUGACAGCUCUCGCGUGUAUGAGGGUAUUUAUACGAAAUGACAGUUAUUGUGAUAUAGUUUUACGUAGGAUCAAAAUGUUUUCUUGUAAUGUGGGUAUUAUUUGCACCAGGCCGAGUGUGUACCCCAGUAGCAGGAGCAACCUUUUUCAUUUAAUGUUGUAUUCUUCCACUAAUCCACAGGAAUUACUUGUAAUACAAAACACAGAAAAUACAUUGCUUUCGCUGCUGCUUUCAUGUUAUGUGACGAGGGCUGGGGUUUAUU